AUGAUGCCAAUAGCACAUCUUGUUAAGGUAACUCUUCCAAAUUAUUUAGCUGGAUUACCUAUUCCAGAUUCUAUAGGAGGAUGGUUUCGACUUGGAAUACGAGAUUGGAUUACCUUAAUUCCACCUACCGCAUUAGUAGCAGGUAUUGGUUACAUGUCAUAUAAAGCAUUUUGUCCAUUAGCUAGACCACCAUGUGGACUUGUGAAUCUCAAUGUAAAAAAAGAUGUAAAUAAAGUAGUAGAUUCAAUUGAUAUAGAAGAUAUUACUGAAAAAGCUGCAUUUUGUCGUUGCUGGAGAUCUAAAAAUUGGCCAUACUGUGAUGGUGCUCACGGACAUCAUAAUCAAGAAAUGAAUGAUAAUGUGGGUCCUCUUGUAAUUACAAGAAAGAAAGAUUAAUGUGUGCCAAUCCAUACAUAAAUGUUAUUGUAUGUAUUCUCAAUCUGAUUAAUAACAAGAAAAAAACUAUUUCUGCAAACAAAAAUGUAGGUGUCUUAUAAAAAAAUGCAUUAAAUAUUGUAGAUAAAUAUUCAAAAUGAAUAAAAGAAUAAUGUUAAGUACAAGAUGCAAAA